AUUUUUUUGGUACCCUCCACCAAUUCUAAAGAAUGAGUGAGAUUAUAGAAGUCGUGUGUAUUGAUGCAAACGUUACCCGCAAAUCUACAUCGAACACAGUGGAGAUCAGUGUAACGCGUGAAAACGUGGUCGCUUUAGGAUCAAGCGAUCCUCCUCCGUUCCCAACCCCUCACCUCCUUUUGAACAACAUCACUAGCUUUGAUGAACACAACAUGUAUCAUCUCCUCUAUCCAAAGCUCCAAGUUCCCAAUUUAUGCAGAAUUCUCUCCUUCAACAUCGCUUCCAAAGCCAAGCGAGUUCAAGGGCCAUUGUACAUCUCCUUUGACGUCACGUUAAGACCAUAUAUAUUGGAGGAACCAGCUAUGGAAACGUGCGCUAUUUGCUUGGAGGAGGAUCAAGACUUAUCCGAAAUGCGAAAUUGUUCGCAUGUCUUUCAUGAUGAUUGUAUCAAUCAGUGGUUAUGUUGGAGUGAUAAUUAUAAAUGCCCUCUCUGCCGUGCUGAAAUUAUGGAUGACGACCAUCUUCAUGAAGAAACAAAUUAGGGUUUUUAUAUUACUGAAUUGAUGAGAUUUGAUCGCCUAUAUAUGUAUAUGGCUAUAUCCCUUUUCUUUUAGUACAAUUAUUGAAUUGGAAUUUUCAUAUAUACUAGAUUUCUUGAUUGUUCCUAGUUAUCGCGUCUUGUGUGUAUCUUUUGUGAAUCAACACACAACUCUAAA